CAACUAAAAACUCCUGUAGUUACUCGCUGGAACUCGGAGUACGAUUCCGUUAUCUUCAUAAUGGAGCAAGAUCAAGUAAAACUUGACGGAGUUUUCAAGAAACUGAAGCUCGUACCUCUGAACGUCGGUGAUCGCAUACUCUUGAAAGAGUAUCUAGCUGUAAUGGGUCCCAUAGCUAUUUAUCUUGAUGUGAUGCAAGGAGAAAGGAACACCUAUCUGGGAUGCGUGAUCCCUUGCAUAACAAAGAUUAAAUCAGCUAUAGCAAACGUGACAGAUAUCGCUCCCAAUGGCUAUGGUGCAAACAUUCGACGUGGACUUAUGAAUCAUAUAAACCGGAGGUUUGAUCCCAUUUUAAAAAAGGAGUCUUUCAUGCUUGCAACUGCCCUCCACCCACGCUUCAAACUCAAUUGGAUUCCUAAAGAAGACGAGGAAUUGGCCUCUGAUGUUCGUCGUCUUUUGGAGCAAAAACUUGAAGAAUUAUGCCCUUUAGAUUCAACUACAAAUGUCAGGGCCCAAACUAAAACAGAUGAUCUUCUUUAUAUCCCAUCAAAAGCUACCCCAUAUAUGAACGAAUUAGAUUUGUUUAUGGUUGACCCGGAUAUUAAUUUGGAGUCACUUCACAAAUAUCCACGGAUCAAAGCUCUUUGUCUUCGAUUCAACACAGCACUUCCGUCAAGCGCUCCUGUUGAACGCUUGUUUAGUGCAGGUCCGCUUAUUUUAACUGCAAGACUAAAUCGUCUAUCUGACGAAUUCUUUGAAACGCUGUUAAUCUUGAAAAUCCACAAAAGUGUUUAAUUCGAUUUGGACUUGUUUCAAUAUUUUUUCCGUUUCCGUUUUCUACUGUUCCAUGAAUCUGGAUUCCGUUGAUUUUGAAGUUUUUUUUGUUUGAUUUGAUUGGACUGGCUGUGUCACCAAAAUAAAGAAAUCACUUGCUUAA